ACUCUCAAGUAUAUUGACUGCAACCAUCUAUGACCUUUCGCAGCUGUGUCCCUCUGUCAACAGUUAAGACAAUCAGCACACAGCAUUAGCUUGCAUCAAUCCACAUUCAUUGAGCCUGACAGACCUCGUGAGCUUUGACAUUUGACAACGGGUCAAUAUUCCACUAUCGAUGCUUCCUCCAGGCCCGGGGACAUCACUUUUCGCCAUACUUUGCCUUCAUGCAAAUUGCACGUCGCAUGCAUGCACUGCACAGCAGAACUCCUCGGCUGUUUCACCUUUUCAACUUUGCACAUCCAUUCCGGACAUCAGUCCAAACCUCGGUCUUCACUCAGCUUGUUGCCACACACCUGCACCUCCUUUUGCACCUUGGCUCCCUCUAAUUUACGUUUCCGUUCAAUGUACACACGCCAAUUCUCCCAGCCUCAGUGCCACUGAUAUUACCCUUUCUGACAAUGGUUAUGGACGUCAAACAAAAAUGAUAGUGGUAACUUGAUCUCCAUUUAUUUAUAUAUAAAUCCACAGGUUUGCCCGAACCGUCUCUCGUGGAUGCCGGCCCCAAGGCGUGCAGCCUCCCCUUGUUCGAAACUCAAUGGUAUUGUUCGGACCUUAUGAAUCACCAGAUUUCGUCAAGAUAUAGCCUUGGCAGAUUAGUUGGUACGUGUAGUAUGCAGGAUUGUUCAAAUCAAGCCCGCUUGUUUCAGCAGACUAUAUAAACGCCUGUCUGUUGAUGUCUGCUUCUCUAAGGAUCCCCCGUCACUGUAAUCACUACUUUACUUGUAUAUAAUGUACCUCCCCGCCUUUCCCCUCGGGACGCACUCCUCUGAACACUCACCAAUACACUGGGACAAUCCCCCUGUCUCCUAUUGCAGUCAGAAGCUCUUCUCAACCAGCUACGGUACAUCGACCAGCAUCAAAGUAGACUGUGGACAAAGCAAUUGUCCAACGUCAAGUAACUACAGCCCUCGGCCCUCAAAGUAAACUCUACAUCUUUGUUAUUCCAUCAAACCGUUACCUAUCAUUGGGCUGGUUAAUCAUACCUCCGUAUUCGUUGGUUGAUGAACGAUGAUCUUUCACAAUUCACACACAUACACACUCAUCAUGAUGUUUCCCCAUUCAAUUGCCCUAUACGGUCUGUCUCGUAGUCAUUGCCUUCCCCCUGGAUUGUCACUCGAUGUAUAUGUAUCAUAGAUAACUUUUGAACCCAACUUGGACUCUGAACUUGAUCU